AUGACGCGAUCGCUAGUCAUUAGCGGAGCCCGGGGCAUAGGCCGCGGCCUCGCCCGACUUCUCGCCUCAAAAGGCCACACCAUCUACCUACUAGACAACAACAAAGAAGAGCUCUCACACACCACCUCUUCCCUGCUCUCCUCUUUCCCUGGCAAAAUCCUAAGCAGCAACUGCGAUCUCCGCAACCCUGCUGAAAUCACCGCUGCAAUCGAGAACAUGAAAAAGCAUUUCCACGGCCAACUCGACGUUCUGAUCAACAACGCUGCGUAUACAGGCAGCGUCGGUACCACCAAACUGGCAGAUCUGACGCUUGAAGAGUGGAACAAGAGUUUAGAGACUAAUUUGACUGCUCCAAUGCUUCUUAGUCAAGCUUGUGUUCCGCUUUUGAGGAAAGGAGGUGCAAGGAAAGAAGGAGGGACGAUAAUUAAUGUCUCGUCCACACGCGCUUAUCAGAGUGAGCCGAACUCGGAAUCUUAUGCUGCGACGAAGGCGGGGUUGUUGGGUUUGAGUCAAGCUUUGGCGGUUAGUUUGGCGAAGGAGGGGAUCACGGUUAAUGCGCUGGUGUUAGGGUGGAUUCAUGUAGGGAAUGAGUGUAAGAAGGGGGAUGAGUUGAGUGUUAAGUGGGAGGAUGGGUUGGAAGAGAGAGAGCAUGAGUGGCAGCUUACUGGAAGAGUAGGGAAUGUAGAGGACGUAGGAAGAGCGGUUGAGUAUCUUGUUGGUGCGAGGGGGGUAACGGGCACAGAGAUGGUGGUUGAUGGGGGUGUGACAAGGAAGAUGAUUUAUCCUGAGUAA